CUUAUCCCUAACUUCCUCAUUCAAACCUCUUUCUGGUUUUCAAUUUUUCCCUCUUGGGAGGGUGCCCCCUCCCCUCUCUCUCUCUUCAUUAUUUCUUUACAAAUUUCUCUCUCUCUCUCUCUCUCUCUCUCUCUCUCCUCUUUCAAAUCCUACAUUUUUGUAGUUCAUCAAUUUUGGUGAAUGAUUUUCUGUUGUUAGACCAAAGGAGACCCAUUGUUGGCUCAUUUUUUUUAUGAAUUUUCUUUCAUAUUCAUACUCACAAUAGAGAUAGGAAAACCCCAUUUGGGUUUUAUUAUUAUUUUUUAAAUUGAUUGAUUCAUUGAUUUAUUUAAGAUUAUUGUGGAGGAUAUUAUUGUGUAUCACCGUUAUUGUUGAUAGAAAGAUACAAAAUUGAGAUUUGGUGAAAAAAGAAAAGGAAAAAAUAUGAGUUGCUUUCCAUGUUUUUCAUCUCAUGGGAAAGCAACAAAAAGAGCAAAGAGUGGCAGAAGGGAACAAUCUGUUUCAUUACAUUCACGUAGUGGUAAACAUCAACAACAACAUCAACCACCUCCACAACAACAUCACCAUCCUGCUCCUGCUCCUGCUCCUCCUCCUCGUCCUACUCCUCCAGAAAAUCCAAAAGCAAACCCUGUGCAAAAGGAAGCUGUAGAGAAAGAGAAAGAGAAAGAGAAAGAGAGAGAGAAUGAGAUUGGGGAAAAGAAUAACAUUGCAGCACAAACAUUCACUUUUCGAGAGUUGGCCACUGCUACAAAGAAUUUCCGUCAAGAAUGUCUCAUUGGUGAAGGAGGUUUUGGGAGAGUUUAUAAAGGCAGACUCGAUAAAACUAACCAGGUAGUGGCAGUGAAGCAGCUGGAUAGAAAUGGAUUGCAAGGGAACAGAGAGUUUCUUGUGGAAGUUUUGAUGCUAAGCCUUUUACACCAUCAAAACCUUGUCAAUCUCAUUGGAUAUUGUGCUGAUGGUGAUCAAAGGCUCUUGGUCUAUGAGUACAUGCCUUUGGGAUCUUUAGAAGAUCAUCUGCUAGAUCUUCCAUUUGAAAGGAAGGCAUUGGAUUGGGGAACAAGGAUGAAAGUAGGGUUGGGAGCAGCACAAGGGCUGGAGUACUUGCAUGAUAAAGCCAACCCACCAGUGAUAUAUAGAGACUUGAAAGCAUCAAACAUCCUAUUGGACAAUGAUUUCAAUGCAAAGCUGUCAGAUUUCGGACUUGCAAAGCUUGGUCCUGUUGGGGACAAAUCCCAUGUUUCCUCCAGAGUUAUGGGAACCUAUGGAUAUUGUGCUCCUGAGUAUCAGAGAACUGGCCAACUGACUCCGAAAUCUGAUGUCUAUAGCUUUGGAGUUGUCUUAUUGGAACUCAUCACUGGCAAGAGAGUUAUUGACAACACUCGUCCAGCUAAACAACAAAACUUGGUCGCUUGGGCAUAUCCAAUAUUUAAGGAACCAGCAAGAUUCAAGGAGUUGGCAGAUCCUCUUCUUGGUGGAGACUUCCCUGUGAGGGGUCUGAACCAAGCGGUUGCGGUUGCGGCCAUGUGCCUUCAUGAGGAAGCAACAGCCCGACCAUUGAUCAGUGACGUCGUCACUGCUCUCAGCUUCUUGGGAGCAGAAACCACGCAUUCAUCACCGUCCUCAUCGUCAGGUGAUGUCCCAUCACCAGUUGAUGACCAAGAUCUUAUCAAUCUAUCCAACAAACCCGUCGACUAUUUUCACGACGACGAAACAGAUGAGGCACGCCAACGAGCAGUCGCCGAAGCCAUCGAAUGGGGUGCAACGUCCAAGCAAAAUGCUGCUGCUUCACGCCCGGGAAGUUAUUCUUCCUUGUAAAUAUAAUAAAAAAACACUCUCUCAUAUUCCAUAUAUAUAUAUAUAUGCAAUGUGUUAUUUAACCUA